AUGGCAUUGCCUUCAUUCCACCGUUCACAGGCGAACUCGAUCUCUUCGGCCCAAUACUUUGGCAGGGAAGAGGAAAAUGGCGGCGGCGACAUGAGCAAUUGGAACGCCCAGACCGAUCUCAACGCCGUCAAGGACACCGUGGUGCAGGGCACCAAGAAGCUGGCGAGCAUGGCGACGGAUUUCUUCAACUCGAUGGAGAGCUGGUCGUAG